UCAGCCUCAUAUUUUCAGUGAACACAACUCAACUCUCAUGGCUUCUCUCAAUCCAAUUCCUCCAUCAUCAUUCGGACCACCAAGACCCGACCCGUUAACCCGAAGGAACAUACCCAUUGACCCGAAUUCGAAGUUGAAGGAGAAAGAAGCAAAAGAGAGAAAAGAAGAAACAAAUAAAAAAAUAGCAUCACAAAAAGCAAUAUCUAUAAUUCUACGUAGAGAAGCAACAAAAGCAGUAAUUGAGAAUAAAAAAAAGAAAGGGAAUUCAAAGAAACUAUUGCCACGUAGUGUUCUUGAAGCACUACAUGAACGUAUUACUGCUUUACGUUGGGAAUCUGCUCUUAAGGUCUUUGAACUCCUCCAGGAGCAGUUGUGGUAUAGGCCUAACCCGGGUAUUUAUAUCAAAUUAAUUGUCAUGCUUGGGAAAUGUAAGCAACCUGAGAGAGCACAAUCUUUAUUCGAGACGAUGGUAGAGGAAGGUUGUGUCGUGAAUCAAGAAGCUUACACUGCUCUUUUGUCUGCCUAUAGCCGUAGUGGGCGUUUUCACGAAGCUUUUUCUAUCCUGGAAGAGAUGAAGAACACUCCGAACUGUGAACCUGAUGUCUUCACGUAUACCAUCCUGAUAAAGUCCUGCCUGCAGGUUUAUGACUUUGACAAAGUGCAAAUCGUGCUUUCUGACAUGGAACGUAUGGGGAUCAAGCCCAAUACAGUAACAUAUAAUACACUCAUUGAUUCCUAUGGCAAAGCAAAAAGGUUCAAAGAGAUGGAAUCCACACUUGUCGAAAUGCUGAGGCGAAAAGACUGCAAGCCAGAUGUGUGGACCAUGAACUCAACAUUGAGAGCAUUCGGUGGCAGUGGGCAAAUAGAAAUGAUGGAAAAAUGCUAUGACAAGUUUCAAAGUGCUGGAAUUGAACCCAGUAUCAAGACAUUCAACAUACUCUUAGAUUCAUACGGGAAAACAGAAAAUUACGAGAAAAUGGGUGCUGUAAUGGAGUUUAUGCAGAAAUACCAUUUUUCAUGGACCAUAGUUACUUACAAUAUCGUAAUAGAUGCAUUUGGAAGGGCUGGGGAUAUAAAGCAGAUGGAAUUUCUUUUUAGGCUGAUGCAAUCUGAGAGGAUAAGACCGAACUGUGUUACUCUUUGUUCUCUUGUAAGAGCUUAUGGGAAAUCUGGUAAAGCUGAAAAACUUGGAGGUGUUUUGCGGUUUAUUGAGAAUUCUGACGUGGCUCUUGACACGGUGUUUUUUAACUGCCUAGUGGAUGCAUAUGGGAUGAUGGGAUCCUUUACAGAGAUGAAAGGGGUGCUCGAGAUGAUGGAAAGAAGUGGAUGUAAGCCAGAUAAGAUAACAUACAGAAGUAUGAUUAAAGCAUAUUCAGUAAAUGGAAUGACUAGCAAAGCAACCGAGCUACGAAACCUACUUGCCUCAUUGGAGAAGGCGCGAUAGCUUCAUAGUUCAAAGGGCUAGCAAAUGCAAUGAGCCAAGCCAAAAGGUGUUUUGUGCAUCACGUGUUCUUGGGAGUUUUUAGCCAAAAUUGCCCCUUAUCUAUGGGAGCAGGUCUGUUUUGGUCCUUCAAAUAUAACCUUGAGCAUCUUUAGUCCCUUAAGUUUGCUAAAGUGGAGCACCUUUGGUCCAACUAACAGAAUGGACUUAAAAACUAACGGUGACUACCAAAAAAAGCACUACUGAAAACACUGCAAAAACCGACUGACUUCGGACCUACCGAAAAACUCUGUUCGUGGUCCGAUAACUACUGAGAUGCUGUUCUAAAUGGCUUAGCCUUAACUUUGAACUGAAUGCUGUGUCAGCAAAGGAAAAGGAUUGUCGUUAAUCAGCUCAAAUCACCAAUGGAUACAAUCAGUUGGAACUGGACCCCGGUGGAGAGGAGCAGUCGAUGAUUUUUGCAAACUCAGGUUUCCUUAGCCUCUUGAGGCUCAAUUGGAGUAGCAGAUCUUGGGCAGCAAUCAAAGAAUUAGCUUUUCCAAAUGUGUUUUUUAAGAAACUGUUUGCUAAAGCCCGUUGAAGCUAAUGUUGUUUGGACUCUCCAAAAUUGCACUACCUUUGUAUGAUCCGGACACGUACAUGGUGACAUUUUUGAAGAGUCUGAGCAACAUAGCUCAAGCAGGUUAUUUGGUGCAAACAAUGUCCAACCGUAUGGAUCAAUCAAUACAUUUUCAGAAGCUUGUCCUGCUGGUAUAUUCAAAUUGUGUAAGUUAGGCUGUUAGACAAAUCAAACAUUGCAGCUGUUACUGAGAUUUCAAUUCUUGAAUUUAUAGGGAAAACACAUAGUUGGAGAA